ACGUCUGAGAAAGUUUGAGGAAGUAACCAGCUAAUGAUCAUAUGAUCACCUCUUUUUCACUCGAUUGAAAAGGGAGGACUUUAAACCGCUUGUGGUGUUUUAGAUAAAUACCAUUAAAUGUGGCAGCUUGCUUGAAAUACCACAAAAGAAAGUGUUCUUAGAACGAGUCACAAAUUGCAAACAUCAGUGUAAUGGGGUCUAGCGCGGAGUGUUUCAUAUAUUAUGUUGAUGAUUCGUCUUGAAACAGCUGAAACUUGUUACAACAGUUCGGUCUACAUUUCUGUAUACUUGUUUUGCUUUAUUUCAAAUUAAAAUAAAAGUGUAUUGGUUUCUAGCUAGACAUUUGCCAUGCGGGUCAUUACAUGUGAUUAAUUCGACGUACAAGGAUAAACCCACGCGAACUCUUAUGUUGACCACAUGGGCGCGUGGUGGGAAGGGCACUUCCUGUUUCCCCGUCGGAACUAUUUUUAGUGUUGCAAUUGCUGCAGAAGGUGGUUGUCCAAAAUUGACUUGAUGAGACAUGUAUAUCUCAUCGUGGUAGCAAGACAUCAGCACACUUUUUUAAAUUUAACCUUUAUUUAACUAUGCAAGUCAAUUAAGAACAAAAUAUUAUUUAAAUAAUUGUGCGCCGCCCUAUGGGACUCCCAAUCACGGCCGGAUGUGAUACAGCCUGGAUUUGAACCGGGGCCUGUAGUGAGACCUCUUGCACUGAGAUGCAGUGCCUAGACAGCUGCGCCAGUCGGGAGCCCAAGAUACUGGUCAAUUCAAGGGGCAAUGUGUUAAUAUUGCAUAACAUUAUAUUGUCACUAUCCGUACAGUAGGUGGCGGCAAUACAUCAAUAGGCGUAGUCUGCCAUAAAACCUUACGGAAGAAGAAGCACACUAGUGAGAAUUAUGAACCGUUGUUCAUGUAUCUGUUGUCGUUUUUAUAGACAGAUGAGCGAGUCUGCCAACAAAUAUGGUCCCUUUAAAGCGCAGGAAACUGAACUGCUCCGUUACAAGCGACAGCAGCGGUGACAGGACCAGCAAGUUUCCCGGGGUUGUCAUCUAUCUCCUGGAGAGAAAGAUGGGAGCCAGUCGGAGAGCCUUCCUCACUCGGCUCGGCCGGGGUAAAGGUUUCAACAUAGAAUACUCCUUAAGCUGUUCCAUCACUCAUAUCGUUUCCGAGAAUAAUUCUGGGGAGGAAGUCCGGACUUGGCUGGACCACCAGACUGGAGGACUGGAGAGAGAAGGGGGAGAAGGCAGGACAGCCCGACCUGGUUCAGUCCAUCUCCUGGACAUCGUUUGGUACACAGAGAGCAUGCAUGCUGGCAUUCCCGUGAUGAUACUGGACAGACACAGACUACAGGAGAGAGAGAAGCCUGGUUUGGAGCUGGCAGUGGUCUCAGUACCCAGCUAUGCCUGUCAGAGACACACCCCUCUAUUGCACCACAACAUAACACUGACCGAUGCGUUGUCCAUACUGGCUGAGAAUGCGGAGCUCGGUGAAAACGAGGGACGGGGAGUGGCGUUCCGUAGGGCGGCAGCCUUGUUGAAGUCCCUCCCCCAGGAGGUCAGAGGGGCAGAGCAACUACGAGGACUGCCUUGUCUGGGGGAGCACUCACUCAGAGUCAUCAAGGAGGUUCUGGAGGAUGGUGUAUCUCAUGAGGUGGAGACCACCACGCAUUCAGAACAGUUUAAGGCCAUGAAGUGUGUGUUUCAGGCCCUAACAGGUAUUUUCGGGGUAGGGGCAAAGACAGCGGACCGUUGGUUCAGGGAGGGAAUACACACCCCCUCCGACCUGCAAAGAUCAGGACGCACACUCAACAGAGCGCAACGAGCAGGUCUGCAGUAUUAUGACGAACUGAACCUGCCUGUCACGAAAUCAGAGGCUGUUGCAAUUGGUCAGAUUGUGGAGAGGGCGGUCCAUGCUGUGCUCCCGGGGGCAGAGAUCGCUCUGAUUGGAGGAUUCAGGAGAGGUAAGCAGACUGGUCAUGAUGUGGACUUCUUGAUAACCCAUCCCGACGAGGGCAGAGAGGAGGGGCUCAUGCCUAAGGUGGUGUCCUGGCUUGAAGCACAGGGCUUCCUGUUGUACCAGAAGACCACUGGGAACUCUUAUCUGGAGAGCAAAGAGGGUCCUGCGAGGCCAGCCUCUAACAUGGACCGAUUUGAAAGAUGCUUCUCCAUCUUUAGACUGAGCACAGACAACGAAGGGAGGGAGAUCCAGACGGGGAGGGAGAUCCAGACGGGGAGGGAGAUCCAGACGGGGAGGGAGAUCCAGACGGGGAGGGAGAUCCAGACGGAGGAUGGUCCACAGACACUGACCAAUAUAGAUCCACACACCCACUCAGACUCUCCUCACCCACUUCCCCAGACCCUUGUGGUGGUGGGUGAUCAUGCCCAGAAGGUGAGCUGGGUGCUGGGUCAUUCUCAGUGCUCAGGUCCCCGGUCCUGGAGAGCAGUGAGGGUAGACCUGGUGGUCUCUCCAUACAGUCAGUUUGCCUUCGCAUUGCUGGGCUGGACUGGAUCGAAGUUGUUUGAGAGAGAGCUGCGACGCUGGGCAGUACAUGAGAAGGCCAUGACUCUGAGCAGCCAUGCUCUGUACGACAGAAAACGGACGCAGUAUCUAAGGGCUAGUUCAGAGGAGGAGAUCUUUGCUCAUCUGGGUCUGGAAUAUAUCCCUCCCUGUGACCGGAACGCCUGACGACAACAUACUGGACUGAUAACAGAUACAGUCUAAGAGCAAACCCACGCUAAAUUAAACCUAAACAUAAUCCAAAUCAAACUAAGCCUUAUCCCGAGAACAACACACAGGUCAGAUACAGCCUAGGGUAGGCAAGAAGGGGAGGUGAGAGGUGGAUAGAUCGUUACAUAUCUGUAUUUGAUUCAAUUGUAAAUAAUAAAAAACAUACAGACCCAGGAUGUUGUAAAGUACCAAAUCUAUAGAUGUGUUUAAUUUAGUUAACUCAAUUAAAAUAACUUAACUACUCGGGCCAUUAAUUGUACAUUAUGUGCUUUUUUUCAUAUCUGACAUAGAUCAUAGAUCAUUUUCUUUCAUUGGUGCCUUGUUAUUGAAUACGUUUUUAAUAUUUACUGCAAAAUGUCUGCUUGUUUGUAAUAUUUAGAAUGCAGUUAAACUAUGUGAAUUAAAAUGAUAUCAAUCAUUUUAGACUUACCAAAAAGCUUUUUAAACAUAAUGUAGGCCUAAAACUGUGUGCAUUCUGAGGGAUGCUUAAAUAAGUGCUUAAAUAUAUGCAUGCCCUCAUACAGUGUGUGUGGUUUUGUUACAUUUUGCAUGAUGACAGCAGUGGCCUAUUUACACAGCAGGUGUACGCUACACACACCACCACCAUCCAACUUACGGUCUCAGAAAUAGAAACAUUAUGUACAAAAUACGUUUUUUUAAAUGCCAAAAACACACACGUAGCAUAAUUGGUUAGGAGAUCGUAAAACGGCAGCCAUCUCCUCUGGCGCAUGUGACAAAUAAAAUGGGACUCUAUUACCUCUCAUGACAUGUCUGAGCAUAUAUAUGUUUGUACAUUGAUAUAUGUAUAUACAGUGUACCAUUUUAUAUAUUAUCAAUUUAUGCAGUGGUGGUUUCUGUGUGUACUCUUGUUUUUAGUUGACAGAAAUAAAACUCUCUUAUUAUUGAAUGAG